AUGUCUACAUCUGCACCGCGAGCAGACCCUUUUCGGCCCGCCGCCAGAGUUGCAGGACAGCGACAAGAUGUUUGGCUGAUAAGCGUUCCGGGUCUUAGGUCUAUCGUCAACGAGGCCGCUGCAGCUUCUCCGGUUCAGCCCAUUGUGAAUAUGGGACAAGGAUUUUUCGGCUACAAUCCUCCCAAGUUUGCGCUCGAUGCGGCCAAGGAGGCUCUCGACAAAGUGGAUUGUAACCAAUAUUCCCCGACAAAGGGUCGACCACGUUUAAAGAAAGCCAUAGCCACUGCCUACUCUAAAUCUUUUGGUCGGGAGCUUGAUCCAGAGACGGAGGUCACGAUCACAACUGGUGCAAAUGAAGGAAUGCUGAGUGCUUUCAUGGCCUUCAUUGAGCAAGGCGAUGAAGUUAUUAUCUUCGAGCCUUUCUUUGACCAGUACAUAAGCAAUAUCGAGAUGCCCGGCGGCAUUAUUCGAUACGUUCCUUUACUUCCCCCCAAAGACGGCGCAAUCAAAACCUCCUCCGCUUCUCAAUGGACAAUUGAUUUUGAGCAAUUGGAGAAAACAAUAAAUCCCAAAACGAAAAUGAUUGUUCUCAAUUCACCACAUAAUCCGGUUGGAAAGGUGAUGACACGCGAGGAGCUCGAAAAGAUCGGCGCACUCGCAGUCAAACACAACAUCAUCAUUCUCUCAGAUGAAGUCUACGACAGACUUUACUACGUGCCCUUCACCCGCAUUGCCACCUUAUCCCCUGAGCUGUACGAGCGCACUCUCACUGUGGGCUCCGCAGGAAAGGCCUUUUAUGCUACAGGCUGGCGCGUCGGCUACCUCAUCGGACCACCCCAUUUGAUUAAAUACGUCGCUGCCGCUCAUACCAGAAUAUGCUACAGCAGCGUAUCUCCGCUCCAAGAAGCCUCCGCUGUAGCCUUUGAGAAGGCCGACAGCGAAGGAUUCUGGGAGAAAUCGCGAGCUGAAAUGCAGGGCAAGGUUAGACGAUUCUGUGAAGUAUUCGAUGAGCUGCAAAUUCCCUACUCCGACCCAGAAGGCGGCUACUUCGUCCUAGCAAAUAUGGCCUCCGUCAAACUUCCCGAGAACUACCCUUUCCCUCCGCAUGUAGCUAGUCGCCCACGCGAUUUCAAGCUCUCAUGGUUCCUGAUCAAAGAAGUUGGCGUCGCAGCCAUUCCGCCAACAGAGUUUUAUACGGAUGAAAACGCGCAUAUCGCCGAGGACUACCUACGUUUUGCAGUUUGCAAGAAUGACGAUGUUCUAGAGACUGCUAAAGAGCGGCUGAGGGGUUUGAAACAGUAUAUUGUGCGAUGA